AGAGACAGACAGACAGACAGCCAGGCAGGCAGGCAGGCAGCAGAGGAGGGACUGUGGUUGGAGCCUGUCUCUGGCUCCUCCCGCUCUCAGGGCGGAGGUCUGACUGACUCUGUCUGUCUGAGAGGAAAGUUUGGAAGCAGCUCCGGACUCUGUUCAACUUUUCUGGAUCUCCUUCGUCGCCUCCAUCAUGUCUGGCGUGGCUUCUACUCUGGCCAAGAAGCGGGCCCUGGCAGCUGGAUUCGGCACCAACGCCAAAGCGGUUCCGUACCUGAACCAGAACUUCGAGGCUCUGCGGGCGCAGUGCCGCUCCGCAGGAAAACUCUUCUGCGACCCGACCUUCCCCGCCGCGCCCGAGGCGCUGGGCUUCAAUGAGCUGGGCCGGAGCUCCUACAAGGUCCGGGGAGUCACCUGGAAGAGACCCACGGAACUCGUCUCUAAUCCUGAAUUUAUCCUCGGCGGAGCCACCAGGACCGACAUCUGCCAGGGAGCUCUGGGUGACUGCUGGCUGUUGGCAGCCAUCGCCUCUCUGACGCUAAACGAGUACGUGAUGGCGAGAGUUGUUCCCACCGAUCAGGGCUUCGGCGACGACUACGCCGGCAUCUUCCACUUCCAGUUCUGGCAGUUUGGUGAGUGGGUGGACGUGGUGAUCGACGACCGUCUGCCGGUCAAAGAUGGGGAGCUGAUGUUCGUCCACUCAGCGGAGGGGAGAGAGUUCUGGAGCGCCCUGCUGGAGAAGGCCUACGCCAAAGUGAACGGUUGCUAUGAAGCGCUGUCUGGUGGUUCUACCACUGAGGGCUUUGAGGAUUUCACUGGAGGCAUUGCGGAGAACUACGACCUCCAACGACCUCCUGCAAACCUGUUCCAGAUCAUCAAAAAGGCGCUGGAGGCCGGAGCGCUGCUGGGCUGCUCCAUCGACAUCACCAGUGCCGCAGACUCAGAGGCCGUCACCCGUCAGAAGCUGGUUAAAGGCCACGCCUACUCGCUGACAGGCGCCGUGGAGGUGAACUACCGGGGUCGACAGGAGAAGCUGGUGAGAAUGAGGAACCCGUGGGGUCAGGUGGAGUGGACAGGAGCGUGGAGUGAUGGGUCGUCUGAGUGGAACUACGUGCAGGGAGACUGUCCACACGCAAAUGCAGAGGACGGAGAGUUUUGGAUGUCCUUCAGUGAGUUCUUGCGUCACUACUCUCGUAUUGAGGUGUGCACUCUGACCCCUGAUGCCAUCGAAGAUGACUCUGUCAAACACUGGAGUGUCAGCAAGUUCGACGGCACCUGGAGGAGAGGAUCCACCGCUGGAGGCUGCAGGAACCACCCCUACACAUUCUGGAUGAAUCCUCAGUUUGUGAUCAAGCUGGAUGAGGAAGAUGAUGACCCAGAUGACGGAGAAGUGGGCUGCAGCUUCGUGGUCGGUCUGAUGCAGAAGAACCGCAGGAAGCUCCGAAAACAAGGAGAGGACAUGCACACCGUCGGGUUUGCGAUCUAUGAGGUUCCUAAACAGUUCCAGGGUCAGCGGCAGGUCCACCUGGAUAAGAACUUCUUCCUGACGCACGCUCAGACGGCGAGGUCAGAAACCUUCAUCAACCUGCGCGAGGUGUGCUCCCGCUUCAAGCUGCCGCCCGGCGAGUACCUGAUCGUCCCGUCCACCUUCGAGCCGCACCUCAACGGGGACUUCUGCAUCCGAGUGUUCUCCGAGAAGCAGUCCGAGACCCAACCGUGUGACGACCCGGUUAAUGCUGAACUCGAAGACGAGCUGGUGUCUGACGAGGAGGUCGACGCAGGGUUCAGAGGUCUCUUCACCAAACUGGCCGGAGAUGACAUGGAGAUCUCUGCUGUGGAGCUCAGAACCAUCCUGAACAAGAUCGUCGCCAAACGAACUGACAUCAAAACUGACGGCUUCAGCAUGGAGACCAGCAGAGUCAUGGUCAACCUGAUGGACAACAGCGGGAACGGGAAGCUCGGCCUCGGAGAGUUUGCCACCCUGUGGAAGAAGGUGCAGAGAUACCUGUCGAUCUAUAAGAAGAAUGACUCGGAUAACUCAGGGACGAUGAGCACUCCUGAGAUGAGAGUCGCCUUCAAAGAUGCAGGUUUCACCCUCAACAACACCAUCUACCAGCUGCUGGUGGCUCGAUACUCCGACCCCGACAUGACCAUCGACUUCGACAACUUCGUGGGCUGUCUGAUGAGGCUGGAGAUGAUGUUCAGGGUCUUUAAGAAGCUCGACCCUCACGAGAGCGGCUCCAUCGAGCUCAACUUCAACCAGUGGUUAAACUUCGCCAUGAUCUGAGCCAUCGCUCCGCGCUCGCCCAGAGCUUCAGCGUUACUGCAGCACGCCAUAUUCCUGUUUACAGCUACAGCUUCUCUUCCUGUUUCUCUCUUGUACACGCCCUGACUGACAGCCUGUGAAGCCAAUAAAUGUAUCCACCAACAGGC